UAAGGAUGUAUACAACGCUAAGGAAAACAUGUAGCUAAGGAUGUAGCUAACGAUGUGUAGCUAAGGAUGUAGCUAAGGAAGUGUAGCUAACGAUGUGUAGCUAAGGAUGUAGCUAAGGAUGUGUAGCUAAAGAUAUGUACCUGAGGGUAUGUAUCUAAGGUUGGUAGCACGGUUUGUAGGUAAGUGCGUGUAGGAAUUAUUUAUUUAAAAUGUUGAUAAUGUAGAAUUCCUAUAAAAUUAUAUGUCUAUAUUAUCAACAUUUUGAUAAAGUAGAAAUUUUUUUCAAUUAAUAAUCGGGUAAAAUGUAAAAAGUGGGGAAAAAGGAGUGGGGGAAAAAAGAAGUGGGGUGAGAUAGUAGUAUAUAAGGCCAUGCAGAAUAGUUUGUAACCCUCUUGGAAUCCAUAACCUUAUUGUUGAAAAUUUUCAACGUAUAUCAUAACCAGUUAGAACAAGUUUUGACAAGUUUAAACAAGUUUAAAAUGUUUGAAAUGCGUGCAGCAAGUGUUGGUCCAUUAAGAGCAUAUAAAAUGAGUAUACAAUUAAGGAUGAAUAAAAACCUAACACGAUUACAAAAUGAAUUAAGAAAAACAAGGAAAGUUAUCAACUCAUCAAAACCAUCUAAAAACCAAGAGAUAAACGAACUACAACUCACAAUAGAAAGUAUUCAAACGAUGACUCAGAAACUACUUGAUGCAUCAGACGAGUUAUCAAAAUUAGAAACAGCUGAAAAUGUGAUACUUAAAGAAAAGAAUACAUAUGAGUUUAAAUUUGAACAAAAAAAUGAUAGAGAGAAGAUAAAAGAAGAAGAAGACUUUAUUGAUGUUGAAUAUAAUGAAGAAGAAGAAGAACUCUCAGUUUUGAAGUCAAACUCAUCAAAUCCUAUUAAAUUUGAUUUGAAUUUUGAUUAGUAAUAAAAAGAAAAAAAAAAAAAAUUUGUAUUCAUGGUGAAUCGAUCGUAGUCUUUUAUCAUUACAACUCCAGUGAUGAUAUCUUUCCACCAUCAAUACAAAUUACAUUUUAAAUUUAUUUAUAUUCAGUAGUCAUUUAACAGUGAAACACGAUGAGCGUUGACGUGUUCGGGCAUCAAUUAACAAAAAGUAAGGUUAGAAAUGGUUCUACCGGAGCUUGUGGACCAGCAGGUGAAGGAUUUAU